GGGAUCCCGGAUUUCCCUCCUCCCCCCCAGCCCAGUGCGUGGGACACCCUCCCCAGGAGCCUUCACCGAGCACGGGGCGGCAGCAUCCCUGGGGGGCAAUUCCGGGGGGGCUGUGCCACGUGACUCCUAAUCCUUGCGGGAAAGACACGUGACCUCCCUAUCCCCACCAUCGGGGGCGCACAUCCCCCUGCCCCACCUUCUACAUGGGGUGCCACGUGACCCCCCCACACUUCCCUGACCACCCUGGGGCUGCCACGUGACCCCGUUCUCGCGGGAAGGGUCCUUGACCUUCCCCUCCACGGGGGGGAGGGGCACGUCCCUUCCUCCACUCCAUCCCAAGGGGGCCACCUGUCUCCCCUUCCCCCACCCCAUCGACGGAACUGUGCCCCCCCCCAGCCCUGUUUCCCCCUGAUUGCCUCCAAGCCUAUCUCCCCAGGUGGUGAUGGAGAGGGUGUCCCUGCCCAAUCGCCCCCUCCUGCACCUUCAGGAGCUGGCUUAAAAACAAAAUUAGCAGAUUUUAUCUAUCAGGAAAGCACCGGGCACCUCCCCAGUGCCAGAUCCACUGCCCCCGGCUGGCUCAAAGGGUGCUGAAAAGCAGCUUGCCCUCAGAGCCCAGGCCUGGAAGCCUCAAUGCAAAGUACAGAGCUACAGCCAGCAGGGGCUGGGAUGAAAACAGUCAGGAGUCAGGCAGCGUUAGUUUGCACUGAGAUCCAUUCUCAUCACAAACCUGAUUACAGUCUAUCGGUACCUUGAAAACACCGCUUACUACAAGGUUCUGUCAUCUUAUAGACUUUAAGGUCCGAAGGGACCAUCAUGAUCAUCUAGUCCAGGAUGGGCCAAGUUUCACACCCCGCUCCCUGGCGGAAGCUCGAGGGCCAGAUUAAAACAUAUGAAGGGCCUCAUGUGGCCUCUGGCCCGUAGUUUCCCCACCCCCGAUCUAGUCUGACCCCCUGCACAUUGCAGUCCACAGAACCUCACCCACCCACCCACCCCUGAAAUAGACCCCUAACCUCUGGCUGAGUUACUGAAGUCCUCAAAUCGUGGUUUAAAUACUUAAAGUCACAGAGAAUCCACCCUUUACAGACAUAUUCCUGGGAACUUUAUUUCACCCCAGUCAGAACAGAAGACAACAGCCAUGGGUCUCUGUCUUGUUACUUCCAAAACAUCAUGUUCUGCUGCUGAAAGACCAGCCCACACAGCUGACAGCUUGUCUGCCACAUCACUGCUGUUGGAGUCAGUGUUUCACUUUGGCCUGAAGCACCAAGCAACUAGGAACAGCCGACUUGGAGAGUCUGCGAAACCAGCUCCUGCUGCUGAAUUUCACUCCUUGCUGCCUGACACCCAGCUGUAAAAUGGGGCAGGUGGCACCCUACUGUGCAGCUGGGCAUGUGCAGGAGCUCUUUGAUCUUAGCUGGACCUGCUGCCCUGCCAGGUUUUCUUUUUAAAUACCACUGUCCUGUUCUCAGAAAUCCUCUUCUUGCCACUCUUCGGGAAAGCUCCUGCCUGCAGACAGAAAGUGGAGAGGCUUAGAGACCCACACUGCCUGCUUCUAGCAGAGAAGAGCUGACCGCGAACCAAAGGCUGGAAGCUGAAGCUGGACAAACUAAAAUUAGACAGUAGGCCCAUGUUCCCAACAGUGAGGGGACAGACCACGGGCAAAAAUGACCCAGGGAAAUGGGGGAUUCACAUCACCUCUCUGGAAGAUGCUUUAGUCAAACACGUAACUGGACUCAUGCCAGAAGUGAGGUCAGCCCCAAGUGGCAGCUCACCCAGCCUCUGGGGCCGCCAGCUCUCCUCUACACCCCUGGAAAUCCUGCUCUUCCUCAAUGGAUGGUAUUAUGCCACUUACUUCCUCCUGGAGAUCUUCAUAUUCAUCUAUAAAGGGCUGCUAUUACCAUACCCCUCUGCCAACCUGGCCCUGGAUCUAGUCAUGCUCUUCCUCUACCUCGGCAUUGAAGUCACUCGGAUAUUUUUUGGGUGGACUCGUACUAAGGCUCCAUCCAGGCUGUUCCGGGCCAGACAAGGCUACGCAUUGCCCCAGUGCCGGGGACCGAGGCCACGCAUUCCCUCCCUCCACAGCUGGUCUGAUGGCAGCGUCCCAGCCCCUUGGAGCAGAGCUAGACCCAGCCACAGCCUCAUUCCACAUUAGCCCCUCCUGGGCAGGAAACCACCGCUGGUGUGCCCAGCGACUUGGAGAGAGACUGUAACUCGCAUCCCAGACCUGGCGCCUCAUGAAGGGGGGAAGAGGCUGCUGGGAGCUGUCAUGGAUCCCAUUCUGGCCCCUACAGCCAGGGCUUAGAGUUUGUCCAAGCCCACGCACACAAGGCCAGGUGGCCCCUGGCCCAGACCACACCCCCAGGGAUCAUGCCUGCACCUGCUGUGUCCUCCCAUUUCAGCAUGGGGGCGGAGGGGCAGACACCCAGGGCCCCCCUGUAAGUAUUAAAAAGCUCCUGUCUAUCGCAUGUGUGCAGUGACUGAUGGGGAGGUGCUUGCGCCCACUCCCCCAGAUUCAGUGUUGUUUGCUGUAGCAGUGACUCGUGGCACUUUUUCCCCUCCUCUCGCACCCUCCGAAUCAAUACUAUUUUCCAAUAAAUAUUUAUUUUUCUGCUA